AUGAUUAGAUUUACACCACCUUCAACACCACUUGUGACCAAUCCAAUCCGACUCGAAUCACCUCCCAGUUCGAAGAAUAAUCAGUCAUCUACAUCAAAGAGACGUUGUUGUAAGAUGCCUUUGGCUAUAAACCGAUUUACUUCUUUCCUAUUAUUAGGAUUUGGUAUAACGGUAAUACUAUUCCAUACGCUCAUCCAACAGACCACUGGUCAUUCGACUAUAGAACAUAUAAGCAAGCUCAGUAAAUAUUUACCUUCAAAAACAGUGAAUCGAUGGGCAGAUCUUUACGUUGCAGAAGCAGAUUUCCCAGAAACAAAGUAUAUGAGUGGUGUAGCAGGUUUCAAUUAUUUCCAUAAUCUUUAUUCAGCCAAUGGAACCUUUAUAAUAGUGACUUCUGAUCCAUCAACAUUACCUGAAUAUGGUAUAAGUGGAAUACUAUCUGGAUUAGCUGAUCCAGCCGAUAAAUAUCACAAUCAUCAAGCUGCAGAAGAAGAUAGAAUAAUGGUCGUAUCACCUGAAGAAGCCAAGGAAAGGAUGUUAUUGGGUAAAGCCGCUAUAAGGAAAAGUGGUGUCAGUCUCAUGUUUGCCGAUAUACGAGAAGGUGAACAUCAAAGUUCUUUCUUAAACCAUUAUUACCAUUUCGGCGAGAUGUUCCUUGGUCUAUGGAGAGUAGUUACGGCUGCCGGAGAGAUUGAGCUUCCCUCUCGACUGAUUUAUAAAGCUCAGUCUGUCGACUGGAGAGAUCGACCUGGAAUCACAACUUGGUUUCAACAAGCUGUUCUCCCCGAAGCUGAAAUUGAAGAAGCCAACAUCUUUGAAGAUCGAAGGAAGAGUGGUGUCACUUACUUGUUCGAUAAAAUAGCUAUCGCUGAUCGUUGGGCAGCUCAUCGAAUUGGAGUAAAUGUCAAAUAUUGGAAUAAAGCCAUUGCAGAUUUACCUCUUUUAGAUGUACCUAAAACCUGGAUGGAUCCAUUGCGUGAUCAGAUCAAACGACUCGCAAUUGCAGAAGGUUGUGAAGUCAAACGAGAGAAUUCUAAAGUGCCAACUGUGUUGUACAUCAAUCGACAAUUAACUUCAAGAAGGUUGAUCGAUCAUGAUGCGCAGGAAUUGGUUGAAGAGAUGGAAAAACUUCAAGCUGAAGGUGUAAUCGAAUUCCACAAUGAAUAUAUGGAGAAGUUACCUCGAGUAGAGCAAUUUUGUUUGGCAAUGAGAUCUGAUGUAAUGUUCGCUGUUCAUGGUAAUGGACUUUCUCAUCAACUGUGGAUGAGACCAGGAUCAGCAGUGAUGGAAAUCAUGCCUGUAACCGGUUUCGCACGAGAUUAUGCUAUCUUGGGUGAAAUGAUGGGUCAUGAAUAUUAUGCUAUUCAUUAUAAUGAAACAUUCCCACCUGAGAAAUGGAGGAAACCAGAUGGAUGGGGAGUUGAUCAAGGUCCAGAUUUCCAUUCACCAAGAAUAACCGUCGACGGUAAAUUCAUGGCUGGUAUGGUAAGAGAAAUGGCAGCUAAAAGAAUAGACGUUGUCGAACAACCUUUGCCUUGGUAG